AUGGGCGGAAUCAAAGGGGCGAUAAAAAUGGAAAAUUCGUUAUUCUGUAGCCAUCUGCAGGUGAAGUUCGACCUUCUUUAUAGAAGCAACCUCUUUGGUGGUGGUAACGACGUGCAGAAAAAUGCACAGGCAACCGUGGGGAGGGCAAAAGGUGGUGACCGUGAUCUGCUUUUUCUUACCAGAAUUUUCGCUGCUUGGUGGGACUUGUUGUCGUCGUCGUUGCUUAUUCAUCUUUCUGUUUCAGUUUUCGUCAAGUGUAUGAUUGUUCCUGAACACAUUUCUGUGACUGGAGAAUCCGUGAAAACUUCCGAAUUUGAUGGCCAAAAUGUUGCGGGUCGUGAACGAUUAAUGCAACUAAUGAAUGUGCCAGAUCGUAUUGUUCUAACUGGAGGAAACAACUAUGAAGGUUUUGAGGCUGAACCACUAGAGCUUAUGAAAGAUCAUGCUACUCAGAAAAGAGAGGAGAGCAUCCAAGAUUUGCCGAGUGUUAUAACUCUUGAACAUAAACCCUAUUUGGAUCGAGGAGAACCUAAUGAUGAAGCUGUCAAAAGCGAAAAUUCGAUCGCAAUCGAGGAAAAUCCACUCCAGGAGUUAAAACCUUCAGAAGCCGACCUUUACGGCCUUCUUAAGGCCGCCAACUGCGUCAAAUUCUGUGAUCGCCUAACAAUAGACGAAAAACGGGAAGAUCGACGUGCGUCAAUUAGAUGA